CAUGCCAUCCCGCGCGCGCGCCACCCAUCACCACCUCUUCCUCAUCUCACGGUGCCCAUGCCCACCACCUGUUCGACCACGUGACGCCAGCCCGCCAUGGCGCCCGCGCUCACCUCCAACCCUCCUUCCUUCCGCCCCCUCUCCUCUCCUCUUCGCCGCCGCGCCCCAGCUUUCCUCUGCCGGGUCGGCGCCGGCAAGCCCGGAGCAGAUGAGGAGACCAAGAAGAAGCCCUUCUUUGUAGACUUCACCGGCAAGUUUACGGAGGCCAAGGCGCUGAUACCGGCCUUCCCGUCGCCGGCAACCGGGUCGCUCUUUGCCGGUGGAAGAGGAAAGAAGGACGCGCAGACUGUGUUCGUCGCGGGCGCCACGGGGCAGACGGGUGUCCGCAUUGCACAGACGCUGCUCCGGCAAGGCUUCGCCGUGCGCGCCGGGGUUCCGGACCUCGCGUCCGCACAGGAGCUGGCUCGGCUUGCCGCCGCGUACGGGCUCAUAUCCCCCGCGGAGGCGCGCAGGCUCAACGCAGUGGAGUCGGAUUUCGAUGACACUGAGGCGAUCGCCAAGUCCAUCGGCCCAGCGGCCAAGGUGGUGAUCACGGUCGGUCUGGCCGAGAAAGGACCAGAGGGCGGAGUGGUCACUACCGACGAUGCGCUCCGGGUAGUGCAGGCUGCAGACCUCGCAGGCGUGGCGCAUGUCGUCGUCGUCUACGACGUGGGUGCCGCUGGCUUCAGUGGGGCAUCCGCGAACAGCGUGCUUGAUGGGUUCACCUCGUUUUUCUCGAAUCUGUUCUCGCGCGUGCAGACUAUGUCGGUGAGCGAAUUCUUGUCCAAGGUGGUGCAGACCGAUGUGAACUACACCGUAGUCAAGGCGUCACUCACCGACGACUACAACCCUGAGAGCUCAUAUGGCUUGGUCCUCGCCAAAGAGGAUUCGUCGACGGCUUCCUCAACGGAAACUGGCAAGGUGUCCAAGUUGCAGAUUGCUUCUCUGGUGGCUGAUGUUUUCUCCAACGUGGAAAUUGCAGAGAACAAGGUAGUGGAAGUUUCAACUAGCUCAUCAGGAACAUCCAAGCCAACAGUGGAGGCAUUAACAGGUAUUCCCGAGGACGUUAGAAGAAAAGUGUACAAAGAAGCUGCUGCAAAAGCACAAGCAGAAGAGGAAGCCCUCGCAUCACAGCGAGCUGGCGAUGCAGAAGAACCCACGAGUAAGCUCAAAGCCGAAGGGACCUCAGAAGAGGCAGGCGCAAGUCCAAUGAACGAGGCGCAAGCCUCACUGGAGAACCUUCUGACCAGAGCCAAAGGCCUGAAGCUCAACACGGACUUCUCCUGGGACAAGUUCAGCACGCAGCUAGCAGCCGCAGGAGGUGCUGCACGGAACUCGGGCGAGGAGGAGUCAAAAGCCCAGAUCGCCACGGUGAGAGGCCGGGCCAGGGCUGAGAAACUGGCACCACAGAGGGCUGUCGUGAAGCCAGUGGCACAGAAGGUGAAGCAGGUGACGAAGCAGCCGGCUCCCAAGGAGGUGAGGCCCGUGUUUGGGGGACUCUUCAAGCAAGAGACCAUCUUUGUGGACGAGGACUGAUCAUCGCAGGAAAGCAUUUUUCUCUCUUUUCUUUCUUGUUUUGUGAAGGCCUUUGAUGUAUACUGCAAUUGCUGGGUUUUGGAUAUUCCGCCAUCCCUACCAAGCCUACAUUGUUGACAGAGGGAAAGAAAGACUAUAUGUGAGUUCAGGUUGUCGACC